CAUUUCUCCCUGUGCCGGCUUUCCGCGCACUUUCUGCUUUCCUGCCUCGCUGCUGGCUCUAGCCCAGCAUCCCUCUGUGCCUCAUGCCUGUUCUCCUCCAGUCCUCCUACAGCCAAGUCUCACCCAGUGAGGUUUACUGGUCAGGCUGCUUCUCUAGCUGUUGCUGCUGAUGGACCAAAGGGGCUUGAUACUUCACUGUGAAGCCGCCACUGCAGCUCUGCCUCGCGUCUCUUCUUUUCCUUUUCCCUCAGAGUGUUUUUUCUUGAUAUUCAUUCUACCCAAGCAGCAGUAGAGGACAGAAAGAAGGGAGGGGAACAGACAGAGUCUCCUUGUUUCGAUACUGCAUUGCCCUGUCUGUCUUUUCUUUUUUCAAACCUUGCUUUCUGGAGAACAACUGGGCAGAGGAGAGCUCUUCUCCAGUGCUUCACAUCCCUGCUCAUUGCCGGGACAGGGUGCAGGGGAGGAGAAAAGAGGGAGGGACUGCAAGCAGGACUUCAGAUUCUUGCUCUUAGCUGCACAGCUCAGUGUCUCACCUUCUUCUGGAGGCAAAUUAGUCCAACCUGUCUCUGGUGGACAGGAAGACAGUUUGUCAAGGACAUACCCUGCGGGCUUACAGAGGAAUAGAAGGACAGGAGGUGUUGGUGUCAUGGCGCCAGUGGACAGCACUGGUUCGAGUGUCUCUGGUCGGCUGAGAUCAGGGGAUUUGAUCCAUGCUGGUCUGGCAGCUGUGCUGCUGCUCGGUGCAUGGAGUGUUGGUGGAUUAGAAGUUUCCACGGGUAAAGUUUCCUCAAUUGAAGCAAUGAAUGGCUCCACAGUUCUGCUGCCCUGCACUUACUCAUCUUGCAUUGGCAUUAAAAACCUGUACUUCAACUGGAAGUAUAAUGACAAUGGGACUUUAUUAAAGCUGUGUGAAGCAGAGAUUCCUAUGGAGAGAGUGGAGCCAAAAGUCCACAUUUACCAUGAACGUGUAGAGUUUGUUGGCUCCUCUAAGACAAACAACAUCUCCAUCUUGUUGUGGAACAUAACGUUUGAAGAUGAAGGGGACUACAUCUGUUUUGCCAGAAAUCCAAAAGAGAAGAACCGCAACCACAGCGCUGUCUUCACACUUAGGGUGGUCGAUCAAAUGAAGGAGGUUGACAAUACAUUGACGGUCAUUAUUGUCUCAGUUGUGGGAGGAGUCAUUGGCUUGGUAAUCAUCAUUAUGGUGAUAAAGGCAGUGGUUCUUCAUUUUCUACGCAAGGGUAAUGAGAAGACUAAAGAGUGCCUGGUGAGCUCCUCAGGGAACGACAAUACAGAAAAUGGACUUUCAGGAGCCAAAGCUGACAACAAAGGGACACCAAAGGCAUAAGUGAAAUACAAAGAUUGUAUGUUUGUAAAUAUGUUACAGAGUUAUACACGCUCAAAGAACAAGCUCUUAUCAGUGGACUGUUUUAUCUUAUUAGAGUCUAAAUAAUGCAACUUCUAAAUAUCUAUUUUAAAUCAUGCUUAAGAUUUGGGAGGUGUGGACUGUGCAGGAAUCUGGAUCACUCUGUAUCUAAUGCCAAAGCCCAUUAGUCACACAGUGUGCAGCCUGUUCUACGACUCUCAUCUGUACCUAACUAAACCCCAAAUUGCUGAAGUUUCAGUUAGUCUGUUAUUGAAUAAUCACCUUCCCAAAGUUCUUUUUUUAAUGCAUUGCAGCUUGAAUUAAUGCUUUUUCAUAAAUGCCAUCACUAUCAUUUAUGUGAAUAAUUUUAAACCACAGAUGCACAUCAAAGCUUUUA